AGAUGGCGGCCGGCGCGGCCGCCCCCAUGUUGCCCCGCGGCACCCCCCGCCCCCGGAAGCGCCGCCACCGCCCAGCCCGUUCCGCUCCGCUGCGCUUCGGCGGGCCGCCAUGGGGGUGCCGGCCUUCUUCCGCUGGCUCAGCCGCAAGUACCCCUCCAUCAUCGUCAGCUGCGUGGAGGAGAAGGCAAAAGAAUGCAAUGGUGUCAAGGCUUCAAUCGAUACAAGCAAGCCUAACCCUAAUGAGGUGGAGUUUGAUAAUCUAUAUUUGGACAUGAAUGGUAUAAUUCACCCUUGUACACAUCCAGAAGACAAGCCAGCGCCUAAAAAUGAAGAUGAAAUGAUGGUUGCGAUUUUUGAGUAUAUUGACAGGAUAUUCAACAUUGUGCGACCAAGACGACUUCUCUACAUGGCUAUAGACGGAGUAGCUCCUCGUGCAAAAAUGAAUCAACAGCGGUCAAGAAGAUUCAGAGCAUCAAAGGAGGGCAUGGAAGCUGCAGAAGAGAAGCAAAAAAUACGACAAGAAAUUCUGGCAAAAGGUGGCAUUCUUCCUCCAGAAGAAGUGAAAGAAAGAUUUGACAGCAACUGUAUUACCCCAGGAACUGAGUUUAUGGACAAUCUUGCUAAAUGUCUCCGCUAUUACAUUGCUGACCGUUUGAACAGUGACCCGGGGUGGAAAAAUUUGACAGUAAUUUUGUCUGAUGCUAGUGCUCCUGGUGAAGGAGAACAUAAAAUCAUGGAUUAUAUUAGAAGACAAAGAGCUCAACCAAACCAUGACCCGAAUACUCAUCAUUGUCUGUGUGGGGCUGAUGCUGACCUAAUUAUGCUCGGUUUAGCUACACAUGAACCAAACUUCACCAUAAUUAGGGAAGAGUUUAAACCAAAUAAACCCAAGCCAUGUGCUCUUUGUAACCAGAUGGGUCACGAGGUUAAGGAUUGUCAAGGUUUGCCUAGAGAAAAACAAGGCAAGCAUGAUCAGUUUGCAGACAGUCUUCCUACUUCUGAACAAGAAUUUAUCUUCAUCCGAUUAUGUGUUUUGCGAGAGUAUUUAGAAAGAGAACUCACUAUGGCCAGCUUGCCUUUCACCUUUGAUUUUGAAAGAAGUGUUGACGACUGGGUAUUCAUGUGCUUUUUUGUUGGAAAUGACUUUCUUCCUCAUCUGCCAUCUUUAGAGAUUAGGGAGGGAGCAAUUGAUCGCUUGGUUAACAUAUAUAAAAACGUGGUGCACAAAACUGGGGGCUACCUCACAGAAAGUGGUUUUGUUAACCUGCAGCGAGUCCAGAUGAUCAUGUUAGCUGUUGGAGAAGUUGAAGAUAGUAUUUUCAAAAAGAGAAAAGAUGACGAUGAUAACUUCAAAAGACGGCAAAAAGAAAAAAAGAAAAGAAUGAAGAGGGAUCAUCCUUCUUUUAUUCCCGGUGGUCAGUUUUCCCCUCAAGCUCUGGGAAAUCGAUCCAGUCCUCAAGCAAUCAGUAACCCUAGACAAGCUGCCUAUGAGAUGAGAAUGCAUGACAGACAGAAUUCUACAACUUCAUCUCCAAAUACCAGCCUCAAUUCUGAUGGCUCCCCAUCCCCGGGAGGAGGAAUUAAACGAAAAGCUGAAGAUAGUGACAGUGAACCUGAGCCAGAGGAUAAUAUCAGGUUGUGGGAAACUGGUUGGAAGCAACGCUACUAUAAAAACAAAUUUGAUGUUGAUGCAUCUGAUGAGAAAUUUCGUCGUAAAGUUGUACAGUCCUAUGUUGAAGGGCUUUGCUGGGUUCUCAGAUAUUAUUAUCAGGGCUGUGCCUCCUGGAACUGGUAUUACCCUUUUCAUUAUGCUCCGUUUGCUUCUGACUUUGAUGGUAUUGCAGACAUGCCCUCGGAUUUUGAGAAGGGCUCAAAGCCGUUCAAGCCUCUUGAACAACUUAUGGGAGUAUUUCCAGCUGCAAGUGGAAACUUUCUGCCACCAAGUUGGAGGAAGCUCAUGACAGAUCCGGAAUCAAGCAUAAUUGACUUCUACCCUGAAGAUUUUGCUAUUGACUUGAAUGGGAAAAAAUAUGCUUGGCAAGGUGUUGCAUUAUUGCCGUUUGUUGAUGAGCGACGCCUUAGAGCUGCCCUGGAAGAAGUCUAUCCUGACCUCACUCCUGAAGAAAACAGAAGAAAUAGCCUUGGUGGGGAUGUUCUCUUUGUUGGAAAACACCAUCCACUUUGUGACUUUAUUGUAGAACAGUACAAGUCCAAAAAUACAGAGCCAGUGGAUAUACCACCAGAGUUGUGUCAUGGAAUCCAGGGAAAGCUUACACUGAAUGAAAAUGCUGUUCUUCCAGAUCAGAUCGUGGAGUCUCCCAUUCCAAUGCUGCGUGAUCUUACACAAAAUUCUGCAGUCAGCAUCUCUUUCAAAGAUCCACAGUUUGAUGAAGACUUUGUUUUCAAGGCUACAGUGUUACCUGGUGCAAAGAAACCUCCUCCAGUUCUGAAGCCAGGAGACUGGGAAAAAAACAGCAAUGAUGGCAGGCCUUGGAGACCGCAGCUUGGUUUUAAUCGAGACAGAAAGCCGGUCCACUUGGACCAGUCAGCGUUUAGAACUUUAGGCCAUACAAUGCCAAGGGAAAGAGGGAUGCCAGGAAUGUAUGCCAAUGCUGUACCUCUUGGAGCUUAUGGGAGCCCAUACAGCAGACCACUUCUGAGUGGGCAGCAGCAGAUUCCUAAAUUGUUGUCAAAUCUUAGACCCCAAGACUCUUGGCGAGGCCCUACACCUUUGUUUCAACAGACACCACAAAGAACUGCUGGGGCUGCCCCUCUGCUUGCCUGGAACCGCAUGCUGCCAUCCCAAAGUCAGUACCAGCCAGGUCAGUACCAAGGGCUGGGCGGACCAAUGAGUUACCCGCAGAGACCUGAAGAUCGAAUGGACAGGGGAAGACAGGCAUAUGGCCCCGGGAGGCCCUACCCGCUGCCACCUCCCUCAGGAAGAUACAGCUGGAAUUAGCUCUUGACUUUUUUUUUUUAAGUAUAUAAAAUGUCUGUUGUUUUUGUUCUUUUAUUAAUUGGGAGGGAGGGGGGAAUGGAAUCCUUAAACAUCCCUGUAGUUUUUAAACUAUGAUACUUGUUUUAAACGUGCACAUUUCUUACUGAACUGAUUACUUUGAGGGGCGGGGGGCAGGGGCUGUGUUGCUUUGAAAUAGUGUAUUGCAAAAUACGAGUAAACUAGAUUUGCUAAUUUGCUUGUGAGACAUUUGAUGAGGUAGGAGUGCUAUUUUGUCUUUAUUACAUGUACAAGCUGUGCUUAGCUAUGCCUGUCAAUUUGAACUCCAAACAUCCUUUACUUCACACAUAAGAGCCUGAAACCAGACACGGAGUUUUAAAGAAUACACAGAAAUCGGAUUUUAUUAACUCUAAGAAGACACAGCAGGCAGUCUGGGGAGCACGAUGUUUAAAGACACGUCCGUCAGUAUUCCUUGUAAGAUGCUUCUUUGAAUUCCUCACAAAAAGAAGAGAUUUUUGGACUUGGAAGUGAAAACAUUUCAACUUUUACAACUUGUGCCUGUUUUUGACUUUGUUAUUGUAACAUAAACAAGCACAGAAGGUGUAUUUGUUUGUUUUGAUAAAUAAUUUAAAAUCGCUCCCAAGUACGGAGUUUCCAUUCAUUUUUAGUACUCUUUCUAGGGGUUUUCCAUGUGAGUGUACCAAAUCAGUAAAUAUUUUUGUUUGCUUUAUAAAGUGGCUUUUGAAAUUCUAA